AUGUCGGGUGCCCUGCUGCUGGGAGUCACAGCGUCCGUCGUUCUCAUCAUCUACUAUGUGAUCUAUAUUGCCACGGAGUACUACAGACCCAACAACAAUGGCACGAUUACUGUAGAUAUAUUCCACCUUCUGGGUAUUUUCUUUCGCAAAAUGAAUGAUAUUGUUGUGCGCUCCUCCUUUCUGGAUCGGCAUCAGUAUGUAAUGGAAAAGAUAUGGCUGCGCAAUGCAAGACGGCAGGAAAAGUUGAUGCUCCAUAGUAUUAUCCCGCCGCAGAUAGCUAAGCCCAUUCAAGACGAUAUUCAAAACAGACUUGCCAGAAAGGGAGGAGGACUCCGCUCCCCAGGCGUCAUGGAGCAUAUCGUGCCCAUUCAGAUCCAUCCCGAGGUCAGUAUCUUGUAUGCGGAUGUGGUUAACUAUACGCAAUUGACGACGACACUGGAUGUGGAGACGCUCGUGAGGCUGCUCCAUGGUCUCUUCUGGGAAACCGACGUAACCAUUGCCAAUCGUAUGUCCACAAAGUUCCAGUACUCUGAACGAACUAGAUCCUAGCCAGUAUACGAUAGUUCCAGGCACCGACGCAGCUUCGGUGGAUCCCCUUCUAAUCAAACACAACAUAAACACGUUCCUUAUUU